UUUUUUGACGUUUUGUAGGUUUUUUACAUGAUACCGGCACGGGUUGGUUGAAUAGCAAUAGCAAUAGCGGAGUCGUCGCAUCAAGUACAGUAUUUUUGUUAAGGGCACGUAGAAAGCGAUUAGAAAAUGCUAACCUAUUGGAAUUGACGAUGAGAAAUUACUCGUGAAACCAAGCUGAAGAUCUCUUAAUAGCUGUUCAAAAAUCCGAUGACUAGCAGAAGAAAUAAAAGUACUGUAUCAUAAUAAGCGAGUUGAUAGGGCAAUCACGUGAUAAAUCAGCAUCACCAUUCGUCAGUGCUGGCAUUGUAUGGCCGAAGUUAUUAAAAAAGAAGUCUAGGAGAAGAAGUAGAAGAAGGUGGUGGAUGGUAUCACUUAAUCAAAGUAGAGAAAGAUAAAGUGGAACUCAUCUGAUGGCAGAUUUAUUAAAGGAACCAUCUGGCAGAUUUGAAAACUUCUGCAGAAUGUCCUUUGAAGAUUUUGAAGAACUUCUUCAAAAAAUAGAGCCAGUGAUUUCUAAAAAAGAUAUAAGAUGGAGAAAAGCUAUUCCGGGAAAAGAACGAUUAGCCUUAACUUUGAGGUUUCUAGGAUCGGGAGACAGCUUUAAGAGCCUACAUUAUUUGUUUAAAAUAUCAGCUCAACUCAUUUCCUCCAUAGUUCCAGAAGUAUGCAGUGCUUUAAUAAAAGUCCUGAGUAAUGUAAUACAGAUCCCAUCAAAUGAAAGCGAAUGGAAGAAUAUAGCCAAACAGUUUGAAAAUAUAUGGAAUUUCCCUCAAUGUAUUGGUUCAAUGGAUGGGAAACAUAUUACAAUACAGGCUCCAAUAAACAGUGGAUCUGAAUUCUAUAAUUAUAAACAAUAUUUCAGUGUAGUGUUAAUGGCUCUAGUUGAUGCUGAUUAUAAUUUUAUAUUUGCUGAUUGUGGUUGUCAAGGAAGACUAAGCGAUGGUGCUGUUUUUCGAAAUACAGAACUUUUUAAAAAAAUCGAAAAUAACGGACUGCAUUGCCCUUCAGAUGAGCCAUUACCAGGGCGAAAUAUUCCAAUUCCAUACUUAUUUGUGGGCGAUGAUGCAUUUGGAUUAUGUAAACAAAUCAUGAAGUCUUAUCCAGGUCUACAUUAAAAAGGAAGCAAAGAAAGAACGUUCAACUAUCGUUUGUCAAGAGCACGUCGCGUCGUGGAAAACGUAUUUGGCAUUAUGGCUUCUACUUUCAGAGUCUUAAGGAAACCAAUGUUACUUCAACCAGUUUCAUUAAUCGUAAUGACUUGUGUCCUCUUACAUAAUUUUUUACGAAAAAGCAGAUCAUCGCGUUCGAACUAUUCCCCUCCCGGAACGUUUGACUCCGAAGAAGAUGGAAAUAUUACACCUGGUGCAUGGCGUCAAAAUCAAGAUAAUAUGUCAAGUUUACUCCCACUGCGUAAUAUCCCAAGAAAGCCCAGCAUGGAAGCAAGAACUAUUAGAAAUGAGUUGGCAGAAUAUUUUAUGAGCAACGGAAGAGUAUCUUGGCAAGAUAUAUAUUGUUAAUGCUUAAUUUUUUUUAUAUAAACA